CUGGUCUCUCUCUCCUGCUCCAGUAACUGGAGGUACAAGUUCCUUCUUCACCAGCCUCAACUUCAUUUCUCAGGUCUAGGCUGUGUUCUGCUGCUACAGCCAUGGCACCCAAAAAGAACAAGGCAACCAAAAAGAGUAAAGGAGACAUAAAUGAAAUGACCAUAAUGGUUGAGGACAGCCCCAUCAACAAGAUCAAUGGGUUAAACACUCUGUUAGAAGGAGGUAACGGCUUCAGCUGCAUUUCAACUGAAGUUACUGAUUCUGUGUAUGCACCAAACCUCCUGGAGGGUAUGAGCAACAUGAGACAAGAGAGCUUCCUCUGUGAUCUAACAGUCGCCACCAAGUCAAAAUCAUUUGACGUCCACAAGGUUGUCAUGGCCUCCUGCAGCGAGUACAUUCGUAACAUCUUGAAGAAGGAUUCUGCCCUCCAAAAGAUCGACUUGAACGACCUCUCACCGGUCGGCCUCGCCACUGCAAUCACAUACGCAUACUCCGGAAAGCUGACCCUGUCGCUGUACAGCAUCGGCAGCACUAUUGCUGCAGCCAUGCUGCUGCAGAUCGGCAGCCUGGUGAAGAUGUGCAGUGAUUUCCUCAUGCAGGAGCUCAGCGUUGAGAACUGUAUGUAUGUGGGCAACAUCGCCGAUGCCUACGACCUCAAAGAAACCAAGGAGGCGGCUCAGAAGUUCAUGCGGGAGAACUUCAUCGAGUUUUCCGAGAUGGAGCAGUUCCUCAAGCUCACCUAUGAGCAGAUCAGUGAUUUCCUGUCUGAUGAUUCUCUGCAGCUCCCCUCUGAGGUCACCGCCUUCCAGAUUGCCAUGAAGUGGUUGGACUUUGAUGAGAAGAGGCUGAAAUACGCAGCAGAUCUCCUAACUCUCAUCCGCUUCGGCACUAUCUCUGCCCAAGACCUGGUGAACCAUGUCCAGAGUGCGCCCAGGAUGAUGCAAGACCCCGAGUGCCACCGUCUCCUUGUUGACGCCAUGAAUUACCAUCUGCUGCCAUACCAACAGAACAUCCUCCAGUCACGCAGAACAAAGGUACGCGGUGGCCUCAAGGUGGUACUCACAAUUGGUGGACGUCCUGCUUUGACAGAGAAAUCUCUCAGCAAGGAUGUUCUCUACAGAGAUGCAGAUAACCUGUGGAAUAAGUUGACAGAAAUGCCAGCAAAGAGCUUUAAUCAGUGUGUGGCAGUCUUGGAUGGCUUCCUGUAUGUGGCAGGUGGUGAGGACCAGAAUGAUGCAAGGAAUCAGGCUAAACAUGCUGUUAGCAACUUCUGCAGAUAUGACCCACGCUUCAACACUUGGAUUCACUUGAGCAACAUGAUCCAGAGGCGCACCCACUUCAGCCUCAACACCUUCAAUGGCCUCUUGUUUGCCGUCGGAGGGCGAAACUCUGAUGGUGUUCAGGCCUCUGUGGAGUGCUAUGUGCCUUCCUCCAACCAGUGGCAGAUGAAAGCUCCCAUGGAAGUGCCCCGCUGCUGUCAUGCCAGCUCCGUCAUCGAGGGCAAGAUCCUUGUGUCUGGAGGUUACAUCAACAACGCCUACUCCAGGGCUGUGUGCUCGUAUGACCCCUCUACCGACACCUGGCAGGAUAAGAACAGUCUCAGCACACCUCGAGGCUGGCAUUGCGCUGCCACCGUGGGAGACCGAGCCUACGUCAUCGGUGGCAGUCAGUUGGGAGGUCGUGGGGAGAGAGUGGAUGUCCUCGCCGUCGAAUCUUACAAUCCUCACAACGGGCAGUGGAGCUACAGCACGCCUCUUCACACAGGAGUGAGCACAGCCGGUAUUUCCAUUUUGAACAACAAGGUCUAUCUGCUUGGAGGCUGGAACGAGGGCGAGAAGAAGUACAAGAAAUGCAUUCAGGUUUACAACCCUGACCUCAAUGAAUGGACUGAGGAUGACGAAUUGCCAGAAGCUACAGUCGGCAUCUCAUGCUGUGUCGUCACCAUACCCACACGGAAAACACGAGAAUCCAGAGCCAGUUCAGUUUCAUCUGCACCAGUCAGUAUAUAAGAGUUUAAGUGAUACUAAUGGUGUAGUUUACAUGUCCAAAGGUCUCGAACUUGGCUGUUGCAUAAAGCUUGGUUCUCAACUCUACCAACAGUCGCAUUUUUGGGGCUAAGAUGGUCAGUUUAAAUGGUCAUCAACUUUCUUCAGAUGAGCAAAAAUUAGUAAAAUGCAAAAAUUACGAAUUUGGGAACACAUUCUUACAAAGUUAGUAAAAAAAAAAAAAAAAUUCAAUUCAUUUAAAGCAAAUUGAAGCCAGUGCUGGCAAGGAGAAGUCAUAAACUAAAUUUUAUUUCGACAUUAAUAGUUUGCAUUUGGUGCAGAGCAAUAUGUUUCAAUUUUAUCAUUUUUAGACAGAAUUUUCCUUUUGGGGCCAAAUCAGUUGGGAUUUUCAUUAACCCUUUUUUAUAGCAAAUAUAAUGUUAUAUGGAAGGCAUUAAAGUAUAAAAUCAGUGUGGAAAUUGAUCUGUAACAUAACUGUCUUUUUUACCCAGUGCCAUUGAAAUAAUAAUGCUGGAUUUUGUGACAGUCCAGUUUAUGGUGACAACUGCUACUGUGAUUCUCAGAUACUUGAACAGAAUAAUGAGUGUCAGAAAGCUGGAGCUGGAAUAAGUGUCCGCAUCACCUACCAGGAGUAGGUGCUUGUGAUUAGUGUGUAAACACCCCACACACUAAGACUGCAGUUUCUCUACAUGUGUCUAAUGUAUAGCAAUCAGUAGUCUUGUGUCGUAUGUUGUGUGAUCAAACACCAUCAGUGCGAAGGAAACUGUUCUGUUGGGAAGAUGUUGGAAUGAUGAGGGUUGAAUGGGCCUAGAUGUGACAGUAGGAAACUAUUUUGUAAAAAAUAAAAAGAGAAAUAUGACUUGGGAAUGAUGUUGUCAGCCUGAGCUUUCCUGGAAGUCAGUACUCAUGAAUUCCCUGACUGCUCAUGUCUUUUCUUUUUUUGUUUGUUUUUAAAUUUAACUUUAAAUUAAAGAGAUGAAGUGUAAGAUACUAUGA